AUGUCUAAGAUCCCUCCAGCACUGCUUUCUGAGGCUAUUCAAAAUGUGUUGAAAGAUCGCAAGGAGCGUAAGUUCAAGGAGAGCAUUGAUUUGCAAGUAAACCUGAAGAACUACGACCCCCAAAAGGACAAGCGUUUCUCUGGUUCUGUGCGCCUCCCGCACGUGUGCCGCCCCCGUAUGACUGUCUGCCUUCUCUGUGACCUCGUGCACGAGGACAUCGCCAAGAAGAAUGACGUCCCGACCAUGAACCAGGAGGAACUGAAGAAACUGAACAAGAACAAGAAGCUGGUGAAAAAGAUGUGUAACCAGUACGAUGCCUUCUUGUGUUCGGAGUCUAUCAUUAAGACAGUCCCGCGUCUUGUCGGCCCUCACAUGCAUCGUGUAGGUAAGUUCCCUACGGUGUGUGCGCAGAAUGAGAGCCUGCCGGACAAGGUGCUCGAGCUUCAGUCCACAGUGAAGUUUCAGCUCAAGAAGGUGCUCUGCCUUGGAACAUGCGUCGGCCAUGUCGAUAUGACGGAGGAUCAGGUACGCCAGAAUGUUGUUAUGGCGAUCAACUUCCUUGUGUCUUUGUUGAAGAAGAACUGGCAGAAUCUGAAAUCCGCGUACAUCAAGUCGACGAUGGGGAAGUCGCAGCGUAUCUACUAA